CUGUCAGUUUCCCGCAAGAUCAUCACCGUGCCUCCUGCGGCUUGUGGCGACCACAUAGACAAGUCCCACUCACCAUGAAUUGAAGCUCUCAAACCGUGCAGCUUUCUAACCUAAAUAUUAAGCAAAUUGUGACCAUGGCCGGGAUGUCUGUGACCGUGCUGUGCCCCGCUGGACGGAGGGUCAACGUGAAGGUCACUCCAAACACCAGCAUCUUGCAGAUCAUUGAGGAAGCCAGCUUGAAGCAAGGCCUAAAUCCUGAUCAGUAUGAGCUGAGACACCUGCGGCGUGUAUUGGACAGCAGCAGCAAUGUGCGCCAUGCAGGGCUGCCCAACAGGUGCCAGCUGGAGAUGGUGGAAGCACCUGUGCUACGUUCACCAGCCUCCGUCAGUGUCCACAUUGCCACAGAGUCAGGUCUCCGCCUGGUCCAUGACUUUCCUUGUACAACAACUUUAUGGGAGAUCCUGGAGUACCACCGGGAGAACAGUGGUGUUGGGGAAGAGUUCCUGCCCCCUGUGGAGAGUGGGCAGGAGGUGGUGCUGGUGUAUGCCAUGCGCAGGAUUACCUGUCCAGAGCUGGCCAAAGUGACCCUUAGAACUCUUGGCCUUAUUGGGGGAAAGUGUAUGCUAAGGCACAGUGUCCAGAGCAUGUCAUCAGCCGGCUGUCAGGCCCAUGUGUCCUCCUCCCUGGCACGCCGCCCUGUUCACCACCCAGAGCUGGCAGAGGAGGAAGAAAAGCUAGUUGUGGAGAAUGAUGCUGGGGGACACAGUGUAGCUCCUAAGUACCCUGUGCCUCACUCCAGGAAAGAAGAGAAUUAUCACUCUCAGGAAAUGGAUGUCAGCAUGGAAGAAAUCCCUGACAUGCCUGUGUUUGCCCCUCCAUUGAUCCUCAAGGAAGCCACACCUGCCGUGCCUUCUCAUUCCAGUGCUGAGUGUGCCGUCCCACUUGACCUGACUACAAUGUCAUCCCCUCAGAAGAUGCCCCCUCCCCCCAAGGUUACCAAGAUAGGAGACCACAAUGCCAUCGUGUUCAGCAUGGCUGACGCACCGCCCACGCUUACCGGAGACGAGGACGACGCCUUCUUCCAGCUGACUGCGGAGGAGGUCAGGCGGUUAUACAAGGAGCAGAGGAGAGCCUUAAUAGAGCUGCAGGAAGCACCUUUGCUGACUAAGAGCAUGAGGGACAUGGAGGAGAGUUCGAAGGUGCUGGCAGCCAUGAGCCGGUACCCCAUCACCCAUCUCAGGAUACACUUCCCAGAUGAACAUGUCAUCCAGGCAUCCUUCAAGCCCACCGACCUCGUGGCUGAUGUCAUCAGCUUCCUGCGGCCAUUCCUAGCCUGCCCCACUGCUGACUUCAGUCUGUCCACACGACAUCCACACAGGACUUUGUCUCCAAGCACCACUCUAGUCGCUGCCGACUGUGUUCCUAAUGCCCGGCUAUACUAUGAGGGAUUCCCUGCUGAGCCACCCUACCUGAGUGAGGACACACUGGCCAAGAAGUCUUCCUACAGUGGGGCGUGUAGCAGCCUAAACUCCAUGAAUACCACAAAGACAAGGCCUCUUGGAAUUAGUGACAAGGGCCACACUCUGUCUGAGCCAUCCAGCAGCAGCACCAGCAGCAGGAGGAAGGAGGAGGCCUUGGACUUGGGCACUCGGCCCCAUGCCAGUGAUGGCAGGAUGACGGGAACAGUGCCUAAGGUUCCUAAAUGGUUCAAAGUUGGAAAGUGAUACAUAAUAGUAAUAUAAAGCACUUGUGUUAUAAGAAUAGAAAAACAAAUGUAUAGUUUUAUUUUCUGUCAUCAAGGGAGAGAAUUUUAUACGCAAAACAUACAUGUAGCAUAUCACAGUGAGCCAGUAUUAUUGAGAAAAGGCAUGUCAGUCCCAUGAAGUUGUGGAGUUGGAGCUUAUUAUUUUGCAAGACACUAUAAGUGAGUUGUUCUGACAAAGCCUCACAGGUGAAAAAGAUGCAGCUGUCUACCUCCUCCUCUCUUUCCAGCUCAGUCACUACAUUUAUGUGUACUCUGAGAAAUGAGUCAGUGCAGUAAUUAUAAAGCCGUUGCUCAUGUGAGUUUGGAUAUUAUUUUGGAGAGAUUUUAUAUUUAAUUAUAGAAUGCAUAUCUAUUUGUACCACAAAUUUUGGAUGAAGACAAUUCACAACACAUGCAAACGUGUUGAAAGAUCCCUAAGUGCCACCUUCCUGUUUCAAUUAUAUCAAUGCAAUACAGUGAUCAUAAGCUAAGAUAAAUCCCUCAGAAUGAUGCUAUCGAAGCUUUACCCGUUUAGACAAAGGGUUUGUGAAUAUUAUGGCAAUGUCUGCGUUCUGUAGUUUUGUAAUGAAAUGCUCACCCUUUGAUUAUACUGUUUACUAAUUAAAUGUUAGUCACAGAAGGUUUUCACCACAUGGUAUUGUAGUGGCUGUAGUAGAAUAGUGGUGAGGUUCUGUGCAUUUUAUCUAACAAGAUGAUUACUCUCAAAGGUCACCACCAUUAUCAUUGCCAUACAUGCACUCAUAUUACUGGCAUCAUUGUCACCACCAUACUGUUGUCAUUAGUCACUUGCUUUUCAAUCUGUGCAUGCUUCCUCUGAGGCAACACAACCACCUGGGUGCUGCCAUACUUGGGCUGUCCAACACAGGUGCACAGAGAACAACAGGGCUGUUUGUGAGGAAGGGAAGGGUAGUGUGCCAACAAACUGCAGGAUACCAGAUGCUAGUUUUGUCUAGAUUGUAGUCACAUGGGCUUCAAGGAAUUAAUGCAUUAUAAGUAUACCAGUGGCUUAUAUGUAUAGAGCAUGUUGAGAUUAUAAUCAGGGAUGUCUUUAUCCCAGGACACACUGUGUGUGUCCUUUGAAUUUUAUUGAUGGGUGAAUUUGAGCCUCACAAAUUAAUAUGUGCCCUGGAUCCUCUUCAGGCUAAACAUGCUCCCUUAAAUGUAAGCUUGCUGUCAUAAGCUGACUCAAAUAAGUAGAAGUUACAUCCUAAAUAUUUUACAUAUAAAUGCAUGUCUUCAUAAUUUUGGAAUGACUUCAUUGUUGCAAUUACUUCUGCGUAGAAACAUAUAUUUUAGUUUGAAACAAAUUAUGUACUUUGCUGAUUAGAAAUGUUUUAUUAUAUUGAACACAAUAUGUACUUACAUGCUGUUUUAUGAUGUGCUUUCUACAGCCUAUCCAUAAUUGACACAAUUCAUGCUUCUAAAGUUCAACUUCACAAAGACUUAAUUUUACUUGUAAAUUGUUUAUACUUAAUUCACUUUUUGAGAAGUACAAUCUAAAUUGCUUAUAAAGUUUUAUUGAAGUGGUGAUUAAUUGGUUUAAUUCAUUAGGUUAUUUGUAUUUGACUGAUUGACAAAUGAGAAGCAGUGUGACUUAGGUUUGGAGAUGCUGGACAGGUACAAGCUUGAUAUUAUAUGCAUCACUGUAUUCCAAAGAUGACAUAGGGAAGCCAUAUGUAUGCUUUAACUACAACAACAGCUCAAUAUACUAUUACUAUAAUGAAUGCUUUUACUUUACAAGAAAAAUCUAGUGGACCAGGUACAUCUUUGGUCCCUGGGAUGGUGUGAUGAGAGGCACACACAAGUAGCCUGCCCCACACUGGUGGUGGAUUUAUGGUGUGUGGAAUGUGUGGUCAUCAGUGAAACCUGAUUCAGUGAUCUUUGAUAUUGGCUUCAUCAUUGAAAAUGUUUUUCACCGUUAUUUUUACUGUUUUUAGUACUUAGUUGUAGAGUGUUGCAGUACAUGCAUCAGUUAUGUAACACCCUUGAGGAUGUGGGAUCCUGUGGGUGACUGGCCCACUCAGCGCUUCACCUGUAAAUCUACUGCAGCUGGGUACCACCACCACCACCAUCACCAACACCACUACUAGUACUGAUAUACAUACUAGGUGCUUACUUUUUAUCUCUUGUAUACAAUGCUUACAAGUUAGCUGUCCUACCCUUCAACUGGCAUUCCUUUCUUUUUAUAGUGUCUAAGAUGACAAUAAAUUAUUAGGUAUCUGGAAGAGAACUGUUGGACGAGCUUUUUAAGAGUAGGACAUUAAUAUCUCUCUCUCUCUCUCUUUCUCUCUCUCUCUCUCUCUCUCUCUCUCUCUCUCUCUCUCUCUCUCUCUCUCUCUCUCUCUCUCUCUCUCUCUCUCUCUCUCUCUCUCUCUCUCUAAAAAGUAUGUGUAUACUGUAACACACUUGAUUUCUAUUGGCUAUGUUAUAAAAGUAGGUAGGUAGAUGGAUAGAUGGCUGGGAGGCUGCACAGGCUCCCGUGAGGACUGCAAAGGGAGUGGGCCAGUUAGUGAGUGAACAUCAAUUAAAUUGUCAUUUUCUUCCUGCUCCAUACAGACAGUCAAAUGUUGUGGGUAUUUAAUACUUCACAGUUACAUAUUUAGAUUAUGUAUUUUGUUAUCUGACCAAUAAAGGUAAUGUUAAGUCAA